AUGUCCGAGGAUGGGGAGGCGGAAGGGGACCUGCCCGCGUUUUCUGCUGAAGAUUUGGACACCGUGGAAGACAUUAGCGGUCACCCCUGCCAGUGCUACAACGGAGUAUCUGUAAUGUCGGGAUGUAACAAUGGAGUGCAAGAAAAGUUGAGAAAGGAGGUACCGCAGGCAAUUUAUAUCCAUUGCUACGGACACAAGCUCAACUUGGUUUUAGUUGACUGCCAUACAAGGAUGCUUUUAUGGAUCUUGUUUAAACUCAUAUGUAUAUCUCUGACACUUCCUGUCACAUCGGUGAGUUGUGAGCGCAGUUUUUCUUGCCUGCGUCGUCUGAAGACAUACUUGAGGAACAGCAGCGGGGACUGUCGAACCAGUAACCUGGCACUGUUGGCGAUCAACACAGACAGAACAAGGGCCCUUGACAGGGAAAACAUCAUCAAUGCCUUUGCCCUUAUCCAUAAAAACAGGCGGAUCGUUUUGUUAUGAAGACAUCACAUGGAGCCGGUGGGUGUGGUCUGGCAGGCGCUAGGAUCAGCGUGCGGAUUGGGAACACCUGGGCCCGGUGUUCUCAUGAUGAUAAAAUCAGGCUCAUCAGUGUCUUCGGGGGGAAGUGAGGAAGGAGAGGCUGAGGGAUCCUGCUCACCAUUGACCCCGCUUUGCCAUCUUAAUUAUUCUCUUUUGUUAGGUUGCUUUGACAACGCUGGGUUUUUGUUUAAUGUAAUCAUCCUAUUUAAUUAUUAGCUGUAAUAAAUGUACGUUUGGUGUUCAACCUA